AUGCAGGAGACGGGCCAGUACUGCGUCAAAUGUACUUACCGGACGGAACCCCGGGCAGAGUACGGUUACAGCGAGCCGCUGGGUUCUGCGCUUGAGACCCUGGCCCGAGGCGCUUGCCCCAAAUGGCGCGAGCGCGACCGUGAGUGCGCCUGUGAAGGAGGCGCGCACGCGGCGGAACUUGAAGCGCGGCACACGGUGCGCGAGCGCCACAGCAAGGGCGUUCAGGAAGGAGGCGCGCACGCGGCGGGACUCGAGGCGCGCGACGCGGCCAGCAAACUGCCCAAGCGUCAGAACGGCUGGAAGGUUCCCAGCAGUUCCGAAGCGCGCGCCGCGGCCGGCAACGUGCGCGCCGGGCUCGACAGCGGGGGCGCCCGCGACGGAGGUGUGCGCGGCCCCGGCCAGCCGCGGGUGACGUCCAAAGCGGAAGCGAUGCGCGUGAUCCUGCCGCUCCGGGAGCGCUGGGAUAGCGUGAGCGCGCCGGAGGCCGCGCGUGCGUUCUUCGCGGUUGCGGGCUGGCGGCCGCGCUGGCGAGCGGACGGGGACGUGAGGGCCCGUGGGGCCGCGGCACCCCACGGGCGGCGCGCGGACACCCAAGUCACCCAAAGGGAUCAUCCACGCCGCGACACGGCGAGCCCAGCGAGCGCGCGCAAGCUGAAGCGCGCGUCCACGGCGCGAAGGGCGGCCAUGAAACGGAUGCGCACCGCGCUGCGCGGCAUGAACACAGCGUCGACCGCGUACGUCCGGCACGUGUUCCGCUGUGUGACGGGCUGGGUUCCGGCGGAAGAUUCCCUCGAGGAGAGCGGCUCGAAAUUGAAGGACUGGUACAAGACUUCGUUAGCGGACGCGUGUGACUUCCUCGGCGGCGAAGCAUCGAUUCCGGGCGACGCGUCGGUUUCGGGCAACUUCCGGUUCCGGCUGAAAGCCUGGCCGGAAGAAGGCGCAGCGGACGAGCACGGAGGCUGCGAGCACAACCGGAACAGCAGAGAGAAGCGGAAGCGGUUAGAAGAAAACACCGAAGCGAGGACAGCAGGGCGGUCGGAAGGGCUCCCCGGGACGACGGCUUUGACGGGCUCUGCCAGGCACGCCGCAAAAGAGGUGAACGGUCAGGUUGAGAAAGCGGCCAGAGAGCUCAAGUCGAUAAAUAGCAACCGGUUGGAAGGAGCCCGAGUCCUGGCGGAAUUACGUAUUCAGAAGAGAAAGAGCGCAGAGUAUGGGGACUGCGACCUUCGACUUAAGCGGAGAAGGACGAUGGCGGAGCAGACUGGCUGCUCACCACAACUGGUUCAGCUCCUUUAA